AUGGCUCUGGUCGAGGAGACUAUGGAGCAUUUCUCCGUCGGGAACGCCUUGCUAUUCCUGAUUUUGGGGUUUGUCCUAUACCAGGUUUGCAAGAGAAUUGAUGAAAUCAUUCGCAUGCGACGACUAGGCGUGAGAGGUCCCAGAAUACCCAACAAGCUACCCUUUGGCCUCGAUCUUGCCCGCAAGACUAUCCGCGCAACUAUGGAGCACAAGAAUUUGGAAAUAUGGAGGAGCCUGUUUGAUAUGUGCAAGUCAUGGACGGUAGAAACCCGGGUUGUGAACCGCCGAAUAUUAUUCACGGCCGACCCGGACAAUAUCAAGGCCCUAUUGGCAACACAAUUCGGCGACUAUGGGAAGGGGAAGCCCUUCCACGAGGAGUGGGAACCGUUUUUGGGUGACAGUAUCUUUGCUACGGACGGAGAUAUCUGGCACUAUAGCCGACAACUCAUUCGACCACAGUUCACCAAGGACCGUGUAAGCGACCUGCACUGUUUCGAGAACCACAUCCAGACUUUGUUCAAAUGUAUGGCGAACGGCGGUGCUCUCGAUGGUGAAGAUCAGGAAAUCAACAUGGCGAGUGUGAAUGGCAGAGUCAUGGACAUCAGCGAUCUCUUCUUCCGUAUGACCUUGGACGUUGCCACUGAUUUCCUGCUCGGUAAGGACGUCAAGUCUUUAACCACCCACCAGCAAGAAUUCGCAGAGGCGUUUGGUGAAGUUCAGCGAGUUCAGAAUCUCAUCACCAGAGCCGGACCACUAAAUCGGCUGUAUGUCGAGCGCGCACUUCGGCUCAGCCCUGAAGAGCUCGCAACAAGGACAAAGUCAGAUAUGGGAUAUACAUUCUUGCACGAGCUCGCCUCCUUCACCCGCGAUCGCAAGGUGCUGCGGGAUCAAUUGGUAGCUGUUCUCCUUGCAGGCCGCGACACUACCGCAGGCACCUUAUCAUGGACCAUCUAUGAACUAGGUCGCCAUCCCGAGGCCGUGAGAAAGCUGCGUGACGAAAUCACCUCCGUAGUCGGCCUCGAACGCACGCCGACAUACGCAGACCUGAAGAGCAUGAAGUACCUCCAAAAUGUGAUGAACGAGACACUGCGUCUCUAUCCCUCCGUCCCAUUCAACGUGCGCUUGGCCUUGAAAGAUACAACACUUCCACACGGAGGAGGCCCAGAUGGCAGUUUGCCGAUGCCCGUGCUCAAGGACACACCAGUCGGCUACUCAACCCUCCUGAUGCAGCGCCGCUCCGAUCUGUAUCCUCCCAUCAGCGAGACCUUCGCCGAUCCACAGAUGUUCUCACCAGACCGGUGGUUUCACUGGCAGCCGAAACCAUGGCAAUAUAUCCCAUUCAACGGAGGCCCGCGCAUCUGCAUCGGGCAGCAAUUUGCGCUCACAGAAAUGGGUUACGUCCUCGUGCGCAUGUUCCAGCGUUUUGAGCGCGUUGUGAGCUACAUGGACGAUAUCGACGGCGGCCAUCCAACGCUUAAGGCGGAGAUCGUGCUUCAGCCUGGUGAUGGUGUUAAAGUUGCUUUUUGGGAGGCAAAGAAAUAA